UUACAAUGGGUGUGUUCACUCAUUUCUUGUGUCCUUUGAAAAUGGCUUGGACGAAAUGUUAUUUUACUGUCUAAUUUAAAUUAAUUCGUUUUUCAUAUUAACUUCGCUUUAUUUUUUCGUUAUAUUAUUUCACUGCCACUGAGGCUGCACAGGACCAUGGAUCCUCCACCGACUUCAGAGAAAUCGAAUCUCAUCAACGAAAGAAAUGCCAAAAUAUACUCCUUAAAGCUUAACAGUGAAUUCUCAGGUUCCAAAGAAAGUUGCCCGAACCUGCCUUUGGAAAAUGGUGAUAUGGCUGGAGCUAUUGAACUGAAGAGGCCUGUUGGAACUCAUUGCCAUGGGAAAACAGCAGUAUAUGAGGAGAGUCGUGAGAAACUCAUAGCAAAGAAGAAACUCUACAUCGCCUCCAUGGUCUGUCUGGUUUUCAUGAUUGGAGAGGUUAUAGGUGGCUAUCUAGCACAUAGUCUGGCCAUCAUGACCGAUGCAGCUCACCUUCUGACCGAUUUUGGCAGUAUGAUGGUCAGUCUUUUCUCACUGUGGAUCUCCUCAAGACCACCCACCAAGAUGAUGAAUUUUGGCUGGCACAGAUCAGAGAUUCUGGGAGCACUGAUAUCUGCUAUGUCCAUCUGGAUCGUGACUGGGGUGUUGUUGUACCUCGCCAUUGAGAGGAUUGUUAAAAAUGACUAUGAGAUCGAAGGCCACGUGAUGGUUGUAACCUCAGGUUGUGCUGUCUUGGUCAACAUCUUAAUGGCAUAUAUUCUACACCAUUCCACCACUUUCCACAGUCACGGUUCAGGUUACCAUAAGAUUGAUGAGAAUGGGAUGAGCUCAGUGGGCCAUGGCCACUCCCACAGCAUCCUUGGUAGCCAGGGGAACACCAGUGUCAGAGCAGCAUUUAUUCAUGUUUUGGGGGAUCUGUUACAGAGCUUUGGAGUGUUGGUGGCAGCCAUUAUAAUCUACUUCAGGCCAGAAUACAAAGUAGCCGAUCCCAUUUGCACUUUCCUCUUCUCUGUGUUCGUCCUGGGCACCACCACUACCAUCCUGAGAGAUGUCUUCCGCAUUCUCAUGGAGGGGGCACCCAAAGGUAUAGAGUUUAAUUCCGUGAAGGAUGUGCUACUCUCUCUGAAGGCAGUGAAGGCGAUGCAUAGUCUACACCUGUGGGCUCUCACCUUAAGCCAGAGUCUGCUAUCUGUUCACAUAGCUGUUGAGGAGAAUGCUGACCCUCAGAGUGUCUUAAAGGAAGCCACUGAAAUUCUUCAGACCAAAUUUGGCUUUUACAGCACAACCAUUCAAGUGGAGCCUUAUUGUGAAGACAUGAUCUACUGCGCCCAGUGCCAGGACCCAUUAGACUAACUUCUCCAAAUGUACUGGUGAGAGCAGGCUGCCUGUAUAAAAUGUAUGCACACAUAUUAAACUUCAUAGAAGGUCCAAGCCAGAAAUGGAAACACUGUGCAAAUGUAUAUCAUCUACAUUAUAAAAAUGAACUGUACUGUACAUGCCAAAUACAUUUCUAUUAAUUACCAAGGAAAUAAAAAGAUUUUCCACACUGUGCCAUCUUAAAAAGUUUAGGUUUAUGGAAGAAAUACGGGGAAGAAUAGUUUUAAAAUGAAGAUGGUUCACCCAAAAAGGAAAAUACAGUCAUCGUAAUAUCUGAACUAUCUUCACAUAUGCAAAGAUAAACAGAAAAGAGCAGCCUCCCGUAAAUAUGAGGCCUGGUGACAUCAUUUGAGGCCCAUAAAUAUGAGGCCUGCCUUUAUUGCAGCUUUGCAAAGUUUUGCUAGGCAGGCAUCAUACAUUAAAGCACGAGUAUACUGUAAUUGCCUGUCUGUGCGCUUGGGAGGUAAAAAAAUGGCUAUUGACGUGACUUCCUUAAAAACAAUUAGAAUGGGGUUUAUUAUGUCCCUGCUGUCAGUGUGGCUCUCUAAUCAAUGCAAAUAUCAGCCAAACUGCAGAAUCAUGUUGUAGGACCUAAACAAAGAUUCUGCUCAAGUGUAAAUAUGGAUUUUGUUGGAGAUUUCUCACUAAUGUCUAAUGGUACAAUGAUAUUUACACUAGCUUGCAGGUGAUUUACUUAAGAUAAAUCUGCUCUUCCUUACUGGCUGUGAUAGUGAGGCAGUAGCUGUUUCAGGUUUUAAACAUGGUUUCAUUUAGCUUUUGAAGAUGAAUAGUGGAGACAAAAACCCACCCAUAAACUCAUGUCUUCAGGCUCUGGCCAGCUGUGGUCUGUGCUGAUACAGUUUUGCCUCUGCAUACACACUCACAUUUUGCACAGGACUUCCAUCUCUGAUCUUGGUGCCGCUACACUGUCCCAAUGACUACAACAUUCCAGCAAAGAUGUUCAACACUCACAUUUCCCCACUGAGGUCAUGGGAGUUACAUAAAACAGAAUGACAUCAAAUAGAGUAUUGAUUACUUGGGCAAUAACAAUGUUUUUAAAGCCCAGAAACAUGCAUUUUAUAAAAAACAAGAUCAGUUGAGUUUUUAAAGACCAAUAAAGGACAUGCCACACAAUUGUGUUUUAAAGCUUGUGUGUACUGAUAAAAUGUAGCUGUUGUGAUCUGCACUGUGACGUUGUGAAAGGGGUAAAAUUAUUACUCUAACGAGUCAAGUUGCUUGCAUGAUUGCUUUUCUGUUUUUCAACUUUAAAUGUAAUAUGUGAAUGGCCAGUCACAUUCAUAAUUGAUUGGCCCAAGGACCUCACAACCUCACUGAAAGACCUUUAUUAAAUACUAUAUUUUGACUAUAUUUGUUUAGAUAAAUAAAUAUAUAUUUAAUAAAUGUGAAUAUUGCAGUCAUUUAUAAAAACCAAGAGACAGCGAACAAAUGCUAAAAUGAAAGGACAAAUGCAUGAGCAUUGAUAUUUGAUAUUUUUGAUAUUGUUUGUGGGUUAAGCCCUGCAUUAAAAAUUACAUUCGGAAGGACCACAGUGAUUUACAGUGGAAUAAAUUACUCUACAUAUUUCUCCAGAACUCAGGAUGUUAGUUUAUGGUGAUUUUUGUCAUGAACAUCAUGUUCUUGGAUUAACAAUUUUGUUGGUCUUAGACCAACAUUAUCAACCAUUUGAGGCAUUGGAAAUAGGUUAGUGGCUUAAACACCAUUCAUUAAACCAAUUUUUUUGCAUUUGAGGGUAAUUUAGGGGGUAAUAGGGGGUAAUUUACUGCAAGAUUAGGGUAAGGGGUUUGCCUGUGUUUCUUUGACAGAAAUGUUGUUCCAGAACAAAUAAAAAAAUGUUAAUCCCAGAAUUUGUCAUAAUCUAAAACCAUUCUGGAUGUCUUUUAGGUUGAUUUUGUCUAGUAAGGUGUUUCUUGAUAAACAUAUUUUAUUGUUAGUGCAACGUUUCUAUUUAACAUAGCCCUCCCAAUCCUAUCCCUUACUACCCCUAAAAUCAGUGAAAUGUUAUGUUGAUAUAAAUGUUGUUGAAACCCCAACCCUAAAUUUAAAAAUCUGAUUGGCUGAUUUGAAUGUAGUACCAGGGACAACAGAAAUCCUGACUUGGCGAAAUCAUGGUAAACUUUGGAACGUCCUAGGUCUUCCAGGAGCUGAGUAGAUAAAUCCUACUUGCAUUUUUAGACAUCUAAGAUGUGAAACAAUUCAAAGAGAAAACAUAACCCACAUCGUGGGGUUCAAAAAUCGGAGUCUCAAAAUAUAAAAUAAACCUGGAAAUAAAGUUUACGGAUUUUGCAGGUGCGAUUCACCGAAUGGGCUAAAUGGUUGAUCGGCUUGCACGUGCAGCGCGAGUCUCGUCACACUUUCAUAGCCUUUAGCUUCCCAUUCAACUGUUGAAUACAUGCUGCGUGAUCACGAGGAAGGAUUACAUCAGCCAUUGACCAGAAAAAUAAAAAAUGGCCCUCCAUGUCAAAAAGGUUGCCGACCCAUGUUGUAUAAUAACAUGAUGUAUCCAAAAUCCGUUUUAGAGGCAGGUGCACUCAAUCACAUAAUGAAGGCUUCAAAAUUGAUAGCAGAGUAGGAUAGUUUUUCAUUGGUCAUGUUUUUUUUAAUGACUUUUUCUGUAUUGUGUUAUAAGUUGAAAGACGUCACUGUUGUUGUGGACACUAAAUAAUCUACAUAAUUAUUUUUGAGUGCCUCAGAUUUGUGGAUGUGUACAUACAGUAAAUUGUCUUAUUGUAUAAUCUGUCUAAAAAAAUCCUGUGUGUAUAUGUUUUACAGUUAUUCUAUGACCACAUAAAAUCUCGGUAUAACUGCAAAUUAUGAUUAAUAUUGAAUU